AUACAUGUGCUUUAGGACGUUCAGCUAUACAAUUUAGCUAUAUAUGAAAGCCUGAAAAGUGCCGAACACCGCAAUCGUCACCAGAAAAUUUAUUAAUGUUUCCGUGAGCUCGGGAUCCGGUAAAAUAUUUGCACGCAAAUGCACCAACAGCGUUGCUUCAACAGUUGCCACGUGUAAAAUCAGCAUAGCAACCACUGAGUUGAACACGCCCGGGAGUUUUCGAAAGGUUGUCAAAAAUACGAACUAUCAAAAUUUUCUUCUUCCGCGACUGGCAACUCUCUUUCUAGACUUCAUCUUGGACCGCGUGGACAUCUUUUCCUAAAGGCAACCAAGGCAAGCGCAAAAAUGACUAACUCGAAGGGUUAUCGUCGCGGCACCCGAGAUAUGUUCUCGCGUCCCUUCCGCAAGCAUGGGACCAUUCCUCUGUCCACAUACAUGCGCGUCUUCAAAAUCGGCGAUAUUGUUGACAUCAAAGGUCACGGUGCUGUGCAAAAGGGUAUGCCCUACAAAGCUUACCACGGCAAAACUGGUCGUGUGUACAACGUUACCCCACAUGCUGUUGGUGUCAUUGUAAACAAACGUGUGCGCGGUAAGAUCCUACCUAAGCGUAUCAAUGUACGCAUCGAACAUGUACAUCACUCCAAGUGCCGUGAGGAUUUCCUGCGCCGCGUUAAGGAGAAUGAACUCAAGCUGAAGGAGGCCAAGGCCAAGGGUGUUUAUGUGAAUCUGAAGCGUCAACCUGCGCCACCAAAGAAAGCGCACUUCGUUAAGAAAAUUGAGGAGCCAAUUCAAUUGGCACCAAUUCCAUACGAAUUCAUUGCUUAAACGGAGACAUUUUAAAAUAUGUAGUGGCUUUUAUAAGAAACCUAUGAAAAUUAAUAAAUACAUAUAAAAAAUUCUA